AUGAAAACUGACUGUGUGAAGAAACGAUUAUCCAUCGUUUUUCGAAAAUUAGGAAGAUUAAUCGGACUUCAUCCGUACUAUUUUAUCUUUAUUCCUAUUUUAAUAACAGCGUCAUUCUCAGCUUUCAUCUUCAAUAUAAACACUAUCUCAAACACAAUCGAACUGGUAUUUGCAGAUUCAGGAAAAGUCUAUAAUACUAAGAAGUUUAUUGACGAAAACUUUCCUUUUAAUACAUCGAAAUUCUUUGAUCCAACAAGUUUUACAGACGUACCUAAAUGUGUGUUUGUUACAUUUACAAAGAAAGGUGGUGGAGACAUGCUCGAAAAAGAUGUGCUACUGGAAAUAAGUCUGGCGGAUCAGUUUAUUAAGAAUAUAACAAUUGACGAUAAAGGUAGGAAAAUUGGAUAUUCAGAUAUUUGUGCACGUGUAGGCGAAAAAUGUUUUGAAAAUCCGAUUAUCGAAAUAUUGCCCGAAAUUGAUAAAAUAGUGCAGAGAAAGAAGAAAUUGAAGUAUCCGUUCGACAUAGAUCCGCUGACAUACUCUUAUCGAAUUUAUUCUCUCAACUUUGGGGAUGUAACUGAAGAUGAAAACGAUUUCAUUCAGGCAGCAAAUGCUAUGAGAUUAGUUUAUUUCACUGACGAAAGCGACAAGAAAAAACACAAUGUGAUAGAAAGAUGGCGAACAGAAGUUUACAAUCAAAUAAGAAAUCACCAAUUUAAAUAUGUUCUGUUUUUCAUUGACUACAACUGGUCAAUGGAACAACAAAAUGUGCAAUUAGUGGAAAAUAUAAAACCUAUGAUCGGUGCAGUAGUUGCAUUUAUUUCUUUGUUUACUACAGUUACGUAUAUGAGCAAUAAUUGGGCAAAAAGCAAGCCUUUUCUGGGUGUUGCAAGUGUCGUAUCUGCUGGUCUGGCCGUGGUCACAUCUUUCGGAUUCAUGUCAAUUGUCGGUGUUCAAAAUAGUAUUUGGAACAUAACCAUUCCGUUUUUAGUUCUCGUGACAGAGAUCGAUGAUGCCUUCGUAUUAUUGGCGUGUUGGAGAAUAUCAAACCCCAAGCAUAAAGUACACAAACGCAUGGAAGAAACAUUGUGUGAAGCAGGAGUUUCUAUAACUUUAACAUCGUUGACUAAUCUGUUUUCGUAUUGUAUUGGAAUGACGGCAUCUUUUCCUCUUAUAAGAAUGUUUUGUUAUUAUUCAGCAACUAGCGUAGUGUUCACAUUUUUGUAUCAAAUAACAUUUUUUGCAGGUUGCAUGGCAUUAUCAGGAUACAAAGAAGAAAAACAACAACAAGCAUUUCGUCUUAAUAUCCAAGAUAUCGAAAAUGAUUGUACAGAAGAAGAAACGUCUACUGAUGAGCCAACAAUGGCAUAUUUUAGGGACAAGUUUGGAAAAAUUCUAUCUAUGAAUGUAAUUAAGUUAACAGUUAUCAUCGUGUACUUUCUAAAUUUAUCACUUGGAAUAUGGGGAGCCUUAAAUAUAAAACACGGUAUAGAUUUUACUAAGUUAUAUCCACAAAAAUCGGUAAUAACACAGGAUUUAAAUGUACAGAAAUCCGUAGACGACCUACUCAACAAAUUCGAAAGUCUUCCAUAUAUUGCACAUUCCAGAUUCAGAAUAUCUUGGUUAAAAUAUUACAAAGAAUUCCAAAAUCACCCGCUAGCAAAGUAUUCAUUACGAGGAUACAACAUGUCGGUUAAACAAGAUUUCUUGGAUGGACUUCGCGAUGUUUUCCUGAAAUUUAAAUCAGCGGAACAAUUCUCUGACGAUAUCGCAUUCAACUCUGAUGGAUCCGAUAUUUUAAGUAGCAGAUUCCAUGUACUUGUGAAUGAUACGUUAAGUACAGAAGCUGAAAUGGAAAUGUUAAAAACACUCUGGAAAAUUGCCGACGAAUUUGAUUAUCCUGUUCUUGUUUAUUCAGCAGUCGCACCUCUGUACGAACAAGGAAUUAUAAUUGGACGUACAAUUCAGGAUUUAUUUUGGAUCACUUCACUUUUGGUCAUGAUUCUUUUUAUAGUUUUCAUACCAAACAUCGUCGUUGCAGUUCUCGUUGCAAUAUCGGUAACAUCCACCAUUGUAGAAACAUUAGGAUACAUGUCUCUGUGGGGUAUAAACAUGGAUAUUUUAUCUAUGAUGAGUCUGAUAUUAUGUGUCGGAUUUUGCGUCAAUUAUCCGGCUCACAUAUCUUACGCGUAUAUUUGUUCUCCGUAUCAAACUCCAAAGGAAAAAAUGAAAGACAGUCUGUAUCGUAUUGGCUAUCCAAUAUGUCAAGGAUCUCUGUCAACCAUUUUAGGAAUUUUAUUUGUAUACAGAGAUAUGUACGCUUCAAUUAUAUUAGUGAAAAUUGUAUUUCUUAUUGCAUUAGAAACUGCAUUUCAUGCAUUGAUUUUUGUUCCUGUUGUUCUUUCUUUAAUCUCUUCAAUUUUCUUUAAAGCUAAUCUAUCGAAACUCAGCAACAGACGUUCAAGAUGGCGGACAGCUAACAACGGAUGA